AUGGGCUUCCUGGCGAUUCGAGCGCAAUCCCUCCGAUACGGGCGCCACACGUCGGGCUGUGUGGGAUGGGGGAUAACAAGCGCAACGGUGAGUCGGGCCGCCAGGUGCCGUGGCCUUGUCCGGCCAUGGGCCUUCCCGGGCCCCUCCUUCCACCAUGGGGCCUUUCCCCUCCGCCACCCCACGCGGAGCUACGUCAACGCGCUCUACCGCCUGCCCCCCCUUCACACUUUCCCCACCCACACCCCCGCCGGCGAGGCCGUCGACGGAGAACGCCUCCUCGCGCAGAUCAACGGCCUCUUCCGCGCCCUUACUCAGACGCAGCUGGUCGACGCCGUCCACGAGAUGCGCGAGUGCCCUUACUUUGAGUCCCUCUUCACCGCCGAGUUGCUGUUCCAGUACUGCGACCUCGUCCUGCCCAUGCCCAAGUUUGGCCGCGAGUUCCGCUCCGCGGAGGUGAGCGAGACGCUGCGUUACAUCCGAAGCUGCGGCGGGAGCGGGGAGGUGAGCCACCUCCUGCAGGACACCAAAGGCGGCCGUGCGAGCGGGAUGGACUUCGUGUCAACCACCCACGGCAUUUUGAUGGGAUUCGGCACCCCGCGCACGAACAAAGCGGUGGCUAUGUCUUUGGCAGGGAUAGACGCGGAGACGGGUGUGCAAAACAACGCCAUCGGGAUACAGAAUGUUGAGGUGAUCGAAAUGCCAGAGGAUAGCGCACCGCUGUCGGAUCUCAUCGCGUUUGGUGGUCAACGGACGUUUUUUUACAAGGACACCGUGCAUGGCCGUCGGGCACUGCAGCUUGCGGUCGAGCGGAUGCCAAAACUAAACGCACAGACCCUUAAAAUAGAGCCAGGAUGUUCAAUCCUGUCGCAUCUGUGCGGUGUAAGUCCGGUGUAUGAUGUGAUGUGUGAUCAGGACUUUCCCCUGUCGAUAGAGCGUAUCGGCGAAUGUGGCAUGAACCCGUUCCCGGUCGAGUGGUCUGAGCCGCGCAAACUUGGGAUUACAAUGCCCAGCGUGUGCCUGAUCGCGAGAUUCGCGCUCGGGUCAUUAAAUGGGGGUGGCUAUGCCACAAGUGCGACCCCGAUGGCUUCAAAUACAAACUACCACAGCAAAGACGCGUCCAAAAACGCGCGUCUGUUCCAAGGUGGGCACCGCAUCUAUGGAGAUCAAGGGGCACCGUUGGAAGCACAGAUUCGUUCAGGAGAGCUGAUGGAUGUAGUUUACCAGCGCCCCCCGCGGUAUCGGCCACCUAUACAUGGGAAAGGUUCCAUUGUACAGCGUUAA